CCCAAAGCUGCCGAUAGAUCACAGUAACGUCAGGUGGAAGCGCUUUCACUUCUUUGAUGGCUUCUAGUCGCGCGAUUGACUUUCAUUGCUUAUCGUUUCUUUAUAAUUUAUUAAAAUGUGUUAAGUGACUAGCGGGAAUGCCAAAUACGAAAGCGUGACAAAUGUGAACAAACAAAUAGUAAUUCAAUGCAGUUCUUUAAAUCUAUAAAUCCCAUAAAUUAAAGUGCAAAGUAUAAAUGUGUAUAUAUUGUAUAAGAAAUAAUAAAAGAGUAUACACAAUGCAAAAAAAAGUAUGAAAAUGAGUUGAGCGCAUGGAAGGAAGUGUGUGUUUACGUCACAGAGUGCUGUGUUGUUGUGAUUGUUGUUGACUUUCUUGACGCUAUAAAAUUUGGCUGCAACGAGACAUUUCCGCGAGAAUGGACUCACCAACACCGCCAAUUGUAAUCGACGAUCCAAACGGUUCAGCAAUGGACGCCUGCUUCACUGCAUUCGAUAAGGACGGUGAUGACCGUCUGAGUUUGGCCGAAUUUACGCUCAUCUGUCGGGCUUUGUUCCGCAACGACAAGGGACACAUUUACGAUGUGCCAACGGAUCGAUUGCAGCAUAUUUUCGAGGUAUUCGAUACGGAUGGCGACGGCUUCAUCGAUAGGGAGGAAUUCAAAUUUUGCUGGAAUCGCUGGAUAAAAACGAUUGUACGACCGGUGAACGCUUUCCUCAUUAUUGAUGUACAGAAUGAUUUUAUAAGUGGAUCCUUGGAUAUAAGUAAUUGCAGUGCACAGCAGAAAGGACAUGAGAUUUUGGAACCCAUCAACAAUCUGCUGGAGACUGUGGACUUUGAUGCUAUUUUCUAUUCACUGGAUUGGCAUCCAAGCGAUCACGUUUCGUUUAUAGAUAAUGUGAAAAUGCGGCCUUUGGAUGAGUCGUCGCCGAUCGACGCUGAUUCGGCGCAAGUUUUCGACACUGUCAUCUUUGCUGGUCCACCACCAAUGAAGCAACGCCUUUGGCCACGUCAUUGCGUGCAGGAUUCGUGGGGCGCUGAGUUGCAUAAGGAAUUAAAAGUAGUAGAUAACGGCGUCAAAAUUUAUAAAGGCACAAAUCCUGAAGUCGAUUCGUAUUCGGUGUUCUGGGACAAUAAGAAACUCUCCGAUACUACACUGAAUGGCCAGCUGAAGUUGAAGGGCACGACAGACAUCUACGUGUGCGGAUUGGCGUAUGAUGUGUGUGUGGGCGCAACUGCUGUCGACGCCUUGUCAGUUGGUUAUCGUACAAUUUUGAUUGAUGACUGUUGUCGCGGCACCGAUUUCCAUGAUAUCGAACAUACCAAGGAGAAGGUGAUAAGUAAUCAUGGUGUGGUUGUGCAUUCGAAUGAGGUUCGCGGCAUGAUCGAGGGUCGCGAUCGACGCCCAGAGCUAGGCUACAAACUGGCAAUGGAACUGAAGAAUCCCGAAUCGGCGCUUUCACAGCGUAACGGCAUACGUCCAAUCGAUUAAAUGGCGCUGCAUUCGAAACAUAAGAACCGCCGGCGCGCCAGAAGUACAGGAGUGAACCAAUUUUUCCAGUUUCCUAUAUGAAAACGCUUACAUAAAGAGCUUUCAAAGCAGCUUUAAAGACAUGCGGUAGAAACGUUCUAGAAAAAUACACAAAUAGUUAAAAUACCACAAUUAAAUAUACAUACAUACAUACACGCAUACUUACUAGUGCAUAUCAGUGGUGAGGAUAUGCGCCGAUAUGAGACGGAGCUAUUUAAAGACACAAAAAAGCGAAUAUUUGUAGAGUAGUGGCCUAACUUAUAAAACAAAGAAUAAAUUAUUUUAAAUAUUUUAACUUAUUACAUACAAAUAAUAGAUAAUACAUACAUAGAUACUAUACAAGAAUGAUACUUAACAACAUUGUACCAAACCCAGGUAUUUACGCUUACUGAGUGAAAUAUUGAAAUCUCGCGCGCAUGACAGUGAAAAGGCAACGCUUACAUUUACAAUAUUUAUAGUACAAUACAUACAUACUUACGUACAUACAUGAACAUUUUGGAUGGGAAAGGGUAUAUGAACAUUGAGUGUGUAAAGUGUGAAAGUGAAGAAAUGCGAUAUUAAAGAUAGAAAACUAAAUUAAAUAAAACUAGAAAAAAUGCAAAUAUAUCUGUGCAUGUGUAUGUAUUUAUGGGGAGCCUGAAUUUUUAAUAUUUCAGUAUUCACUGCUUUAAGUCUUAAGCGCUUUUAGGGCUUUCGCUCAAAAUGAAGCUGCAAACUCGCAAAUGCCACAAAAUAUGAAUAAUUUUCCACUCACAUAUUUCCAAAUGCAGCGUCAAGGCAACAUGUGACUAAUUGAAUUCACUUGAAAUGCGACAUUAAUAAGUUUAACAAUUCUAAUUCGCUUGCCUCACUUUGUCCACCCUUUUACCCACCUCUUUGCCCCUUUACCACUUGGCCCCUGACUGUUGCUAUGCUGUUGCUGUGCUUGCAGCAUAACCUUAAAAAUUUACGAAGUGCCACAAAAACGAGACGAAAACCAAAGGCGGAAAAACGCUUCGUUAGCACAACCGCAAAUUGGAUAAAAC